UUCCAGAUCGAGGAGUAAUAGUUGAAUACAGAAAUCUUUUCUGGGGAUGUGCUUAUUUCAUUUGUAUGUUUUUGUCAUACAAAUGUGUGCAGGACAGAAAGGGCUUCAAAUCUCUCUAUCUUAUAGCCAAUCAACAGGCUUAAAAAAUUUGUCACAAAAAGGUAAAUAGUGGUCUAUGUGAUGUGGCACGCAGUGUAUACAAAAUAAACAGUAUCUAUUUAUUAUCGGAGUGUUGAUAAUGUACGGCCCCGAUGAACUCGCACGAAAUGAAAAUAAGACUCUUCAUUUCAUGUGAAAAAGCAUCAGUAGCUCAGCAGCUUCGACGAUCUGUAUGCAUUAAAUAACAAAAAGCGAUUUUCAGCAUGUAUCAAGAACACAACGAGAACACACCGUUAAUUGCACCGCCAAAAAAGCGAUGGCUUCCAAUACGCAUUUGGAUCUGCGUAAUGAUGUUCACCGCUUGUUGGACGAGCUACGCGUGUCGGUUGCAGAUGCCAAUUCUGGUGGUACCGAUGAUCGUGGAGGCGAAAGUCAAUUACACGAAUGAGGGUGUAUGCGUGUUUGAGGACUCUCGACGACGUCGUGACGUUAUCAUUAAUCCACUUGAUCCUUCCAGCUACUUGGAACAAUACGUUCUAGAUCUUAUGCAGGAAGAACGGGAUAGGAAUCUAUUACAUUCAUUAGAACGUCGCCAAACAGAACCAAUAAUACGGCCACCAGAUGCGCCCUUCGCAUUUUUUAGCGGCCUACCAUUCGACUGGACUCCAACAAUACGAGGCCAACUUUUGGCCAGCUACAGCUACGGCGUCGUGCCUGGUAACUUGAUCGGUGGCUGGUUUGCGUUGAGAUACGGACCGCGCCGCGCAAUUCUCUGGACGUCGAUCUUGGCCGCAAUAAUCUCGCUAAUUAGCCCAUUCCUAGCGCAAUGUCACUGGGGUGUGCUAUUGUUCUCCAGGGUCGUCAUCGGUAUCACUGGAGGUGUCACUUUCCCCGCGUGUCAUACUAUGGUGGCAAAGUGGUCACAUCCAAAUGAACGGGCGCGCAUGAUCUGGUCUUUGUUAGGUGGAACGUUUGGCACGAUAUUGACCUAUCCAAUGAUAGCUGGUAUCGCGGAAAGUAUGAAUUGGGAAUCCGGCUGGUAUAUACCAUCCCUGCUGAUGCUAGUGUGGACAAUAGUGUGGGCAUUGAUCGCUUAUGAUUCGCCAGUAGAACACCCGGGCAUCAGUGCCGAAGAGAGGGAGUACAUUAUAACCGGUCAAGCAGGAACGGUGCGCCCCGAGAAACCUCGAUGGAAACAGACUCCGCUAAAGCAGAUGUUAAUGUCGAUACCAUUUCUCAGUCUGGUCAUAUGCCAUUUCGGAAAUCUCUUCUUGCUAUUCUUCUACCAAAACUCGCUCAUGCUAUAUUUGACCAAGGCGCUGGGAUUUCAAUUGACGAAAGGUGGCGCGGCGGCCGGCGCGCCAUGGGGUGCCAGAAUGGUAUUCGGAUUCUUCUUUAGUUGGGCGGGUGACACCAUUAAAAGAAAGAAGAUUAUUAGCGUCACCCUUUUGCGUAAACUCGGGACUACAUUCUCACAUUUUAUACCGGGCAUUUUUCUAAUAUUGGUCGGCUAUGUCGGAUGCAAUUUUGUACUAGCAAACAUUUUUCUAUUCCUUGCACUGGGUUUCAACGGUGCUGCCCUUAUCACUACUCUGUCGAACAAUCAGGAUCUCGCGCCAAAUUUUGCUGGUUUCCUUUACGGUAUCAUGAAUACAGUUGGUAGCACUUCCGGCAUGAUUAUUCCACCAAUAGUUGAAGAGAUAGCCGGCAAAUUUGGAAAUCCGAUCGACAGAUGGCAGACACUUUUCUGGAUCGGUGCCGCGGUGAGUAUUGGAAGUAUGAUCGUGUUCCUGUUCGGAGGUAGCGGUAAUAUACAGAAAUGGAACGAACUUCGACCGCUUGAUAAUCCAGAUGACGUAGAGACUGAUCAUAAAAUGGAGCCUAUAUAAGGCCAAUAUAGGGCACGUUUAAUCGAUGAUUCUUUCAAAUUUUUAUUUAACAAUGACACGUGAAUGAUAGAAAAGUUUAAUUAUUGACAAGCAUGUUCCUAAAUACAGUACAGGAAACAUUCAAAAAGACUGAAAAAUUAAAAAAUUCUUAAGGAAGAUUUAAAAGAAUUGAACUGAAGAUUAUUUCAGGAAUCGAAACUAUUAUAAAAGACUUUUCAAACACUGUUUAAAAAAAUACCUGAAAUAAAAAUAUGUAAUU